UAUCAAAAAAAUCAUAACUGCGUCGAUCCAAUCGCGUUUUUGACGUGGUUUGGCGUCGGUGUCGAUUUUUCAAAGUUUGUCAUAAUUUUCGCACUGAAAGCAUUUAUUUUUGUACUGAAAUACCUGUGUAAGAAUAUUAAUCGGCUUCUAUUUCCUGAGAAAUGUCUGGUAGUGAGCUUACCCCAAAAGAAUCGUUGAUGCGGUAGUGACUCGGAUGUCUGAUUUGGUGAGAAUGUGAAGUAGCUUCCACUUCAACAACUCGGUAACCUCGGUAAGAUCUUUCCAAUGUCGCUGAUAGCAUUUCAUUGUUGGUAAGCGUAAAUAUAAGAUACGAGUUCUUUCGAUGUGCAAACAAACGUAUAGGAUAUGAUUGGAAAAGUUGCUCAAACUUAUUGAUUGAUGUCUAAAUCAUCACUUUGGCCGAUGAAACACGUUGGGGAAGAGCACUGUUUUAUCAACUUUCUUACACGUUGUGCCUUUCAUCAGUUGAACGCAGACGACGUUUUAAUAUAAAUGACAAGAUAAAAGAGCUUGGCACCUUGCUACCCCGAAACAUGGAAGGAUCUAGCAGCGACAUCAGCGGAAAGGAUGGGCGGGUCAACAAAGGAACCAUCCUGAAGGGCACGGUUGACUACCUCAAGGAGUUGAAGCAGGAAGUUUGUGCUCUGAAGCGCAAUGGUGACCUGCUGGUGGCGAUCAAGAAUGAAAACGUCAUUCUGCAGCACAAGUUAGCGGUAAUUUUGGGGUUUUAUAUCGUUUGAAUAUUUGGUACACUCCCAUUGAUUUCGAAUACCUCCAAAGGCGUAUUAUGUUAGGGCUAUUAUAAUUAUUAUUAUUAAAUAUAUUUUAACACAAACAGAUUCUAUUUCAGGCAAAUUCGAUUGUAAGUAUGUGUUCGUUCUUUUAUUUAUUUCAUUUCGAACUGUAGUUUUUUUUAUUGAUUGUCACUUUACUUACCCUUUCGAAUUAACAGAAACGGUCGUUGGGAGGAAUUUACUUUAAAAACCUAGAGAAGUCUGCGAUCCAUAGUCAAAUAUCGAUCAACAACUUCCACCGAAUAAGCAGGGUAUCGUCCGGGUGAAGUUCUAUCUGUACGUGGAAACGUGCGAGAACAAUUUGCAGUUGGAGAAUCACGCCAAAAGAUUGCAAAAUUUACGGAAAGAGCUCAACUACAUCAAGGAAACCGACUGGCAGCGAACAACUCUCUACCUCUGCAACACCUGCACUAGUGAUUCUAACAUAAAGCAACAAUGUUUCGAUUAAUGGGAAAACUCGUGGGAGAUAUUUUCUCCGCAAUAGGCGGCCAUAGUGAGACAGUCGAGGAGAAAAUGAAGCGCUUGGAAGCACAACUAGAAGACGACGACGACCAAAGCGCAGAAAACGAUAAAAAACGCAAAGAGGAAGAACAGUCGAAGAAUCCAGUAGAACCAACUAAUUGUUUCAUGCAAACAGGUAACAUCACCAAAGUUGAAGCCAACUACAUCAUCAUCGAUGCGUCACUGUACGUGGAUAAAAUAGUCGUACAAGCUUGUCCCUUCCAACAUCAACUCGAAGUGGGGGCCAGAGUAUCAUUCCUUGCGUAUAAAUCGAGUGACGAGGAUUCAAUUAAAGUGAUCAAGUUCGAAGCUCUGGUCGGUGAAGUUUGGGGUGACCGCAAUGAGAUGUUACAAUCGCAAGAAGAAGAGAGUAAACAACUGGUGGACGAGAUUGAUCCUACCUAUUUUAAUUACAAUCAACGCAGCGAACAAGGAACGGUAAUUGCAAAACGGCGUGGUCUGCUCACGGUGGAGACCGAUCAGGGUGAACAUUCGAUUGAGAUGGACAACCUGAAGUUGACUUUCAUUCCGGAAGUUGGCGAUUACGUUGUGUUGGAUUCUUUGGUACAAAUUGACGAAACAUAUUUCGACACCCGUGGGAACAUCCUGGAGGUGCGAGGAAUUGCCCCAACGCGACUUGUGCAAGGCACGGGAUUCGUAACCAAAGCCGACAGUGAAGGUGGCGAGAUUCGAACGGAUGAUGGCGUGUAUAACUAUCUCAAGGAUAUUUGUGAAUCGGGACAGCUUCCUGGCCAGGGUGAUAAAGUAGUGUUCGAAGCGGUGGAAAAUGCCCAACUGAGUUACCGUUGCAUCAAAAUAGUGAUUGAACAGGUUGCAGCUCGGUCAGUAGAAACCAGUAAGGAGGAGACAAAGUCUAAAUACGAUGAUGAUUUCUUCAUGAACAAACGAGGCGUGAAAAUAACCGAUGACAUAGUGGUUAAACUGAAGGACCUAAACGAGAGUCAACAGGUCGAAGUAAUUAUUCGGAAUGAAGGUGAACGUAAUCACAAGCUUUUGCGAUCUACGUUUAUGUCUAACAAACAGACCUCGCAAAUGCGUCUAAUCCAACCUACGGUGACCGAUACAGCAAUGCUGAAACCGGGAGAUUCGAUCACGUAUACGUUCGAAAUAACGGCCAGCAAUUAUGGAGUCAGUAAAGAAGUUUUCAUGUGGGCAUUUGGAGGAGGUUUCAAAAUAGCAAGAUAUUUCACGGUGAUUGUUGGUGAUGCGGAACAUGUUAGUAGUCAGAAAAUGAACGAAGGAACCACCGCGGCACGGACGGCUGCUGGCGGUCAUAAACUGGCCGCCUGGAACAUAUACAAACGUGGCGGUGAAGUGACACCGGGGCAGAAAAUCAGCAAACGGGCCAACUUCAUCGAUAUCAAGAUAGGGGGUUACCAUGUUCCAGAUGAUCUGAAACAAAUUCUGUUAAAUCCGGCGACCAGUCGAAACGAAAUCGACGACGAGUUGGAUCGAACUCAGCGCUGUCUGCAGCGUCCACUGUGUCCGGAAACCUAUCGGGCACUAUUUAAAACAUUCCUGUGGAUGGAGGAUGUUCAGUGUGAAAUUUCGAUUACCAGAUUCAAUAUGGAACGUGCACAUUUCACGCGGGAAGACAGCUAUCUGGCGCUGCGAAUCGAGAACGUCGGAGAAGCCAGACCAUCGCUGAUUCCCGGCGAUAGGCUAGUAGCGACCACUCCGUGGAUAAAUCCAAAUGAAGUGGGCAACGGGGCCUACAUACACAAAAUAAUGAAGCAUAAGAUACUGGUCAAAUUCAGCGAACAUUUUCACGAAAAAUACAACGGUGAGGAUUACAAGAUUAUCUUCCAACCAACACGGGGUGCGUUUCAAAAACAACACCAUGCAAUACUGUGCGUUACGAGUGCCUUAGGCACGGAUUAUCUCUUUCCCACGAAAACGGACAUUCGAGAACCUUGGAUUGAUUUGAAAAUUAACGAAGCUGGUAACCUGGCAACUACGGAGUUCAACAACGAGUUCCAAUGGUUCAACCCAAAUCUGAACAACAUUCAAAAGGAUGCUAUAAAAAAUAUCCUUCGUUCGGAGUCGAGACCACUGCCAUAUGUCAUAUUCGGUCCACCAGGAACUGGCAAAACCAUGACGAUCAUAGAGCUUAUUCAUCAGAUUGUGAAACUUUCUGCCGACAGCCGUAUAAUGGUUGGAACACCAUCCAACAGUUCAGCGAAUUUGAUAACGGAGCGUUUGAUUGAAGCUAACGUUUUACAACCGGGUGAUUUCAUUCGGAUAGUGGGUUUGAAUUACGUCGAACAAGAGCUAAUUCCGGAAAAUCUGGCUCCCUACUGUGGCACAGUCGAUAUUGCCUCGGAACGAACCGUGAAAGACGAAGUCAUCAUAACUGAGUCCGGUUUGAAACACAAACUUCAACUGAAACAUCUCGGACGACACCGGAUUACCAUCGGGACUUGUGUGACUUUGGGCACUCUCAUGCAAAUUCGAUUCCCACGAAACCAUUUCACGCACGUAAUAAUCGAUGAAGCUGGCCAGUGUCUGGAGACGGAAACGCUAAUUCCGAUGACCUUCAUCAACAAAUUCUGUGGAACGGUAGUCCUAGCAGGGGAUCCCAUGCAGCUCGGACCAGUCGUUAUUAGUCCGUACGCCUCCGAUCGAGGUUUCAAUACAUCUCUGCUAGUUCGUUUAAUGGAAACUCCUUUGUAUAAAUCGGAUAAAAACAGGUUCCCCGAUACCGAAGGAUUCAAUCCUCGAUUGGUCACAAAACUUCGCUACAACUAUCGAUCGAUUCCCUGCAUUUUGGAUAUCUACAGCGAACUGUUCUACGAGAGCUCUUUGUUAGCCUGCAUUCCUGCCGAAGGCAGCAUGGAGGCACAGUUUCUCGAGACCAUUUACGACAUUCUCCCAGUAAAAUCCACCCAAAAUCCACACUACGGAAUGGUGUUUUGGGGCGUCAACGGCGUCAACAAACAAACGCCGGAAAGCCCUUCAUGGUUCAAUCCGGCGGAGGCCAAAAGUGUUUUCAACUUCUUAUUGAAAUUGUACAAAAAAGGUGUUCGUCCGGAGGAUAUUGGCGUCAUCACGCCCUACCAGCAGCAAGUGAAAACCAUCCGUCGCAUCCUAGAUGAAAGUAAUCUACAGAAACCGAAGAUUGGCAGUGUCGAAGAGUUCCAAGGACAGGAGCGGAUGGUCAUACUAAUCUCGACGGUUCGAACAUCGAAAUCACAGCUGCAAAGCGAUCUGCAGCAUGCGUUGGGUUUCGUUUCCAGCCCGAGACGGCUGAACGUGGCCAUUUCCCGUGCAAAGUGUUUACUGGUAAUUUUCGGUAGUCCCCAUCUGUUGUCGGCAGAUAAACAGUGGCAGAAGUUGCUGCACAAAGCAGUCAACAAUGAUACGUACUGUGGAUGUGAUCUACCGGAACAUGUUAUUCCAACCGGAAGCAUGAAUGGACAUCAACUCGAUUUAGAAUAAGAGUAAAAAAAUAUUCGAUAGGUGUUUUAUGGUAAACUAUUUAGAGGAUAAUUAUACAACAAGAAUUCAAUUGAAUGGAAUGUCUCAGUACAAAAUUUCUAACUGUUUCGUCUGCCCAUCAACGUCGUUACUUAAACAACCCUCGUUAAAAGCAGCUUCGAGUGUACUUCGACUGAUUCUUGCUUGGGGUGCAGAGACGCGUUGAUGAUUAGAUUAGAAAUGAAACUUGAAUUUUCUGUUGAACAAAAUAAUCGGGCAAUAUAAAAACAAUCUCUCAUCUUAACAUAGGUGAACCUUACAAACAUUAACUCCAGGGAAAGCAGCAGAAAUGCAAACUAGAGCUUAUUUUUCUUCAAUAACCGGAAAACCUAUCGUAAUUCAUAAUUUAUCUACUCUGAAAAAUUACAACACAACUAUGAAAUUGGUAUCAUAAUUUUUGGCACGACUUCUAACUUAACGCAUUUUCUACUCAAUCUGAAUGUAGUUUUAUUCUUUUCCACUCUAGAAUUCAAGUACUCGGUAACAAAUCGAAAAAAUAGAGAUCUUUUUUUGUUAUUUUGGUGUUUUCAACUGUGACGGAAUGUGUUCCAGAAGUUUAUGAUACUCGCUUAUGCUUUUUUUCUGUUACCAUUAGCUGAUCUUCGUAGUUCGCAAGGUUUUCAGUAUUUCAAUGUCUAUCGAAAUGGACACUUUUUUCUACAUUUUUGAUACAUACAAAAAUUUAAAACUUGAAUAACAACCGUUGCUGUAAAUUUUUUGUUCCUUUAGAAAUGGUACAUUGCGUGAAGGAGAUUAAAUGAUGUUAGUAUUAAGAAUAAAUAUUUUAAAGAACUGAGCUCAACCAUAUUUCAAUAUCACAGAGCCAAACUGAGCAAAGCAGAAGAAAUAAACUUGAUCAUAUUCAGUGAAUCGAACUACUAGUAGCUUAACCUGUAAAACAGGACUUUUUGUAUCCUCCAGUGGAAACUGAAUAAAAAAUGAAUUACGACAUAAGGAA